AUGGCGGCUUGGUUUCUCUGGUUUUUGUUGGUUUUGCAGCCGUUCUCUAGCGUUUAUGCUAAUACGGAAGGUGAUGCAUUGCAUAGUUUACGAACCAGCUUAAAUGACCCUAACAAUGUGCUGCAGAGCUGGGAUCCUACCCUUGUCAAUCCAUGCACUUGGUUCCAUGUUACAUGUAAUAAUGACAAUAGUGUUAUUAGAGUUGAUCUUGGAAACGCAGCACUCUCUGGUACAUUAGUUCCUCAACUUGGUCAGCUGAAAAAUUUGCAAUACCUUGAACUUUACAGCAACAAUAUAAGUGGAACUAUUCCCAGCGACCUUGGAAAUUUAACAAAUCUGGUCAGUUUGGAUCUCUACUUAAACAACUUCACUGGUGGAAUCCCCGACACACUGGGAAAGCUCACAAAAUUGCGAUUCCUUCGGCUCAACAACAAUACUUUAUCUGGUCAAAUUCCUCAAUCAUUAACUGGUAUCCAAGAACUCCAAGUUCUGGAUCUGUCAAACAACAAUCUAUCUGGACCAGUUCCAUCCACUGGAUCCUUCUCUCUUUUCACUCCUAUCAGUUUUCAGAACAACCCACUUUUAUGUGGUCCUGGGACAUCAAAACCUUGUCCGGGUGCUCCUCCAUUCUCUCCUCCACCUCCAUUUGUUCCACCUUCGCCGCCCUCAUCUGCAGGAAGUAGUGCCUCUAGUACUGGAGCAAUUGCUGGAGGAGUUGCUGCAGGUGCUGCUUUGCUGUUUGCUGCCCCUGCCAUUGGAUUUGCAUGGUGGCGUCGUCGUAAACCGCAAGAAUAUUUCUAUGAUGUGCCUGCUGAAGAGGAUCCAGAAGUUCAUUUGGGCCAGCUUAAAAGAUUUUCUCUGCGAGAACUACAAGUUGCAACUGAUAGUUUCAGCAAUAAGAAUAUUUUGGGCAGAGGUGGGUUUGGAAAGGUAUACAAAGGACGACUUGCAGAUGGUUCACUAGUGGCAGUAAAGAGACUCAAAGAAGAACGCACGCCUGGAGGGGAGCUUCAAUUUCAGACAGAAGUUGAGAUGAUUAGUAUGGCUGUACAUCGGAAUCUGCUUCGGCUCCGUGGAUUUUGCAUGACAUCAACAGAAAGAUUACUUGUUUAUCCGUUUAUGUCAAAUGGAAGUGUUGCAUCAUGCUUAAGAGAGAGAACACCAUCUCAACCUCCUCUCGAUUGGCCAACCAGGAGACGAAUUGCACUUGGAUCUGCAAGAGGGCUGUCCUACUUGCAUGAUCAUUGUGAUCCAAAGAUCAUACAUCGUGAUGUCAAAGCUGCAAAUAUUUUAUUGGAUGAAGAGUUUGAGGCAGUCGUGGGGGAUUUUGGUUUGGCCAAACUAAUGGAUUACAAGGAUACCCAUGUGACAACUGCUGUACGUGGAACUAUUGGACACAUUGCUCCAGAGUACUUGUCAACAGGAAAAUCUUCUGAAAAGACCGAUGUCUUUGGGUAUGGAAUAAUGCUCUUGGAGCUCAUUACAGGACAAAGAGCAUUUGAUCUCGCCCGGCUUGCCAAUGAUGAUGAUGUCAUGUUGCUCGACUGGGUGAAAGGGCUUUUGAAAGAGAAAAAGCUAGAGCAGUUGGUUGAUCCAGAUCUGCAGAACAGCUAUGUGGAGGCAGAGGUGGAGUCACUCAUCCAAGUUGCUCUUCUCUGCACACAGGGAUCCCCUAUGGACAGGCCCAAGAUGUCAGAGGUGGUGAGAAUGCUGGAAGGUGAUGGCCUUGCAGAGAGAUGGGAGGAAUGGCAAAAGGUGGAAGUGGUGCAACAAGAGUUGGAGUUGGGUCAUCCCAACUCUGAAUGGAUUCUUGAUUCAACUGAGAACCUUCGCGCAGUUGAGCUAUCUGGUCCGAGGUGACCUUGUUAGAAAGUUAGGAAAAAGGAAGAUUAGUAACAACCUCAUUUUGGCCUUCCCUGAAUCUUUUAUAAUCUGAUAGUGUAUCUAAGUAACUCACAUUUAUGUAUAUGAACAUCCGGUGUUUUUCUGUAUCAUCUGCAGCAAUUUGUUGAUGAUACAUUAUAUUCUCCUUUUGUUUAUUCUCUAAUGAGCUUGUGGUGUAGCAGCUCUUCUCUUGCCAGGGCUAAAUUAUGAGGAUUGGACAAGACAAGAUAUUCUGAAGAAAAGAGUUGAUUUCAAGUACUAA